GUGAAAUACAGAGUACCUGAGAUCUUAUUCAACAUUUCAACCUAUCUUCUUCAACCUAAUUUCAGUUUUCUGGCGGAAAAACUUUCAUACAAUCAGCAAGUUUGCUUGGGAAACCUGAAUAUUAGAUUGAAAUCUCGUUUCCCAUUCGUUUCCGGUAUGAAUUCAGUUUCAAACACGUCUCCAUUUUUCUGAAACGGUUUCGGCGCGUUUCCCCGUUUCCCCGUUCCAGGACGUUUCGGAAACGGUACUGUUGUGAGUUCCGAAAAUGGUGCAGCAGCGAAUGGAAGACCUUUGACAGUAGAGCAGCCCCUUACCUGUCCCUCUUUUCUCUCUCGAAUAUCACUCAUUAAUCACACAGAUGGAAGACAGCCACCACCAUCAUCACCGGCCACAACGCCUAUCUGUCCCGCCACGCACGAAUGUGCUCACAGCCUUGCGCCACCCUUCUGCAUAUCCUUUAACCCCUACUCCCACCCCGUCUAAAACCCGACUCUCUCGAUCUACCAGCACCAUCAAUGACAAAUCUUCGAUUCCAUUCUUAUUCCUGCUCCUUUUCUCCUUGCGGUCUCUCUACUCCGUCCUUCCUUUCCUCCGCUCCUCCCCGUCUUUCUCUCUGUUCCCUUUCUCCUUUCUCGUUUCUCUCCUCUCCUUCCUCCUCACUCUCAGCUUCUCCCUCUACUCCAAACACCCUCGCUUACCGCUUUUUUCUCUAUCCUCCCUUUCUCAAUCCCAGGUUAGACACCUCCUCUUUAAGUCCCUUGUCCUUGGUAUGGUCUUCCUCCUUCGGUUUCAAGCCCUCCGUUAUUGUGGGACUGCUGCUAUGAUCUUGGCUGAACUGUCUGGGAAUAUGGCCUUCCGGUUCUGGAAGGACCAGAACUGGGAUCGAGACGGGCAUUCCAGGGUUCGAGGAUUCUUUGCCUUGUUUUCUGGUCUAUUCCUUUUAUCUGUGAGUUGGGAUCGGAUGGAUUGUUUCCCUCUUUCUUAUAGUAAUCUUGGUAAAAUUCAAAAUUCAUUGAUGGUGGUUGUUGAUGGUAAUUGUUUGAGAAUUGUGCCAAUGCUUCUCCCUUUCUUGUCUGGGUUUUUGGGGUGUUAUGAGAGGGAUUUGAUGAAUUGGGGGACUAUUAGGCAAUUGGGUCGAAAACGGGUUCAGUUGAUUUCAUUAUUCUUCACUACUUCCAUGCUUUUUUUCCCUGCCAUCAUUAAUAUGCUUGUUUUUGAAGCAGAGGGUGGUAGUGUUUCCAUUAUGAAUCUGGGUUGGUCGCUGGCAAACACAGUCUUGUUUGGUGUCCUCUUGAAUGAGUGGUAUAAUGAUGAGAAGCGGGUGAAUCCUAGUGACUCUGAGAAGGAGUUUCUCAUCACCUUUUUGUGUACACUUGUUUUGGAGCUUGUUUACUUCCCAGAGCUCUCACUUUGGGGAUUGUUGAUCUGUGGGUUUUUGCUUUGGGUUGCGAUUCAGCAAUUGAAUUGGGCCCGUAGUAGAUAUGUGGAGUUAGGGGCAGAAUCUUCAGAAACAUUCCUUUCAAUGGUAAUGAGGCCAAUUCGCCAUGUGUUGAGUGAACGUAAAUCUCGGAAAAUUGCCCUUUUCCUCAUGAUCAAUACUGGCUAUAUGGUGGUGGAAUUUGUUGCUGGGUUCAUGAGCAAUAGUCUUGGGUUGAUAUCUGAUGCUUGUCAUAUGUUGUUUGAUUGUGCUGCAUUGGCUAUUGGGCUUUAUGCUAGUUAUAUCUCCCGUUUGCCUGCCAAUAGCCAGUUUAACUAUGGACGUGGUAGGUUUGAGGUGCUUUCAGGAUAUGUUAAUGCAGUUCUUUUGGUUUUGGUUGGAGCUCUAAUAGUGUUAGAAUCAUUGGAAAGAAUUCUUGAUCCACAGGAGAUUUCAACUAAUAGUUUAUUGGCUGUUUCUAUUGGUGGACUUCUUGUAAAUGUUGUGGGCUUGAUCUUCUUUCACGAGGAGCACCAUCAUGCCCAUGGCGGGUCUUGCUCUCAUUCACAUUCCGACUCCCACUCUCAUACUCACCAUGAUCAUGAUCAUGUUACUGAGGUUAUGCAUCAUGAUGGUGUUUUGGUUGGUGAGAGUAAGAAUGGUUCCCAUGAUAUGCACGGUGAAAGCCAUCAACAUGACCAUGUGCAUUCUCACGGGGAUCAUGAUCAUAGUCAUACUCAUGGACAUCAUGAUCACAGUCAUCAUCACGGGAACCACGACCAUGAUCAUAGUCAUGGACACCACGACCACGAUCACAGUCAUGCACACCACGACCACGACCACAGUCAUGCACACCACGACCACAGCCAUGCACACCAUGACCACAGUCAUAGUCAUGACCAGAAUCAUUCUUGUGGACACCAUGAUCAACAUCAUGAACAGGGUCAUCAUAUUCACCAUGAUCAUAAUGAUAAUGAAGUAUGCAAGAGCAUCCCCACAGUUCCUGGAGUGGACUCAUGCAGUCACAGUCAUCAUCUAGACUCAAAGACUGAAUCCUCCCACAGCAAGAAGCCUCGUCACCAACAUAUUGACCACAACAUGGAAGGCAUCUUCUUGCAUGUUCUAGCAGACACUUUGGGGAGUGUUGGAGUUGUGAUAUCAACCCUGUUAAUCAAAUAUAAAGGAUGGCUUGUUGCAGAUCCAGCUUGUUCUAUAUUCAUAUCAGUCCUAAUUGUAUCAUCUGUAAUACCUUUACUGAGGAACUCUGCUGAAGUUUUGUUGCAGAGGGUUCCCCGAGCCCACGAACAGGAUCUUAAAGCUGCUGUUACUGAUGUUAUGAAAAUAAAAGGAGUUUCAGGCAUCCAGAACCUGCAUGUCUGGAGUUUGACGAACACAGAUGUUAUCAGCACUUUACAUCUCCGGAUUUCGUCAGAAAUUGACCAAGCUGCAACAAAAGCACGUGUCAUGCACGUACUUGAGGAUGCUGGGGUAAAGGAUCUGACACUUCAGGUAGAGGGUGUCAAGAGUUUGUAGUUGUUAUUUGUAAAUAGAAUAGAAAUAGAUUUGCACAUUGGUCAUUCAUUCGUAUUUUGUUAUAUUUAUAGCAAAUUUUGAAUCUUGAUACAAAUGAGAUAGUAAACUGUGGAACUAAGGCUCUUAGUUGCAGGUUUUUAUGGCAUUGCCAUAAGUUCUAUACUUGAAGAUGAACAUCUUUGGUUGCAGCUAUGUAAAAUAACUGUGGUAUUUGGCAAAGGUAGUUCAAAGUAUAUUAUACUCCAAA